CGAGCUCGUUGUUUAUUCUUUGGUACUGCCGCAUCCACCUCCAUAAUCAGCAGAGCGGGCUAGCAGACUGCAGACCAAGCUCGGGCUUCGAGGCCGCCGUCCGACGAGGGUAUCCGGGCUGCCCCACCGCCGACGAAGUCCCCCUCCACAUCUCCGAGUCCGUGGUCGUCCUCGACGCCCUCCGCGGCUGGACGUUAAGGAGAUGCCUUCCCGAUCAGAUGGAGAUUCAUCAUCUAGUGAAGAUAGAAGCAAUGCAAACCAUCAGAGGAGGGAGUUAAUAGAGGGCGAGAGUUCUAGAACUGGGGAGCCAAGUACACUGGUGGAACAAAGGGCCUACAACCUUCGCCCACGGAAGUAUGAUUCAGUUGCAAUACAACGGAGAUCAGAAUUUGUGAGAUGCAGGGAGCAGCGGACUCAGAGAAGAAUUGAGCGCAAGGAAGCUGAAACUUUGAAACAUAAAAAGCUAAGAGAAUACUGGGAAGGGGCCUCCAAAAGAAUCAAAGCGAUUAUGGAUAAAUGGCCUAAACGAACUAAAGAACAAGAAGAAGCGGAUAUGGAAAAUCGAACUGAGAUAAUAAAUACGGAUGCAAGUGGUUUUAUGGAAUCGGAAAAGUGGUGCCCAUAUUUUGAAAUACCGAAUUUUGGACUUCUGGAAACUACUUUGAAGGGUGCUAAUUGGGCAGUUGAGGAAUUAGCUUUGCAGGUUGCUUCUUCUGUGGUAGGACUGCAAUCUCUUACAGAUGGGGGUACAGAUCAUUUUUUUUGCUCUGGUACCAUUUUUGAGUCUUCGGGAGAGUGUCAGAAAAUUGUGACAGUUGCAAAUUUGGUUAAAAAAUGUGCAGACACAGAUGAACUAGCUGAAGGCCUUACGAUCGCUGUAUAUUUGCAAAAUCAUGAAACUUGCAAAGGCCACCUGUUGUAUCAUGAUUUUUUUUACAACAUCUGUGUGAUUGAAAUUGAGUAUCCUGUCAAUCUGCCAAAACAAGGCUUUAGUUCAAAUACCAAAGCCGUCAGCUUUGACGAGAGCUAUUCAAGAGAUGUGGUUACAUUGGGUCGUGACAAAGAGAACCAUGCCUUGGUGGUUAAUACAGGAAAGAUCAUUCCAAAAAGUAGCAGCUUUGACUGUGAAGAACUUUUAGUAUCAACUUGCAGAAUUUCAAAGGCAGAAGUUGGGGGUCCGCUGAUGAGCUUUGAUGGAAAUUUUAUUGGGUUAAAUUAUUACCACCAUAAAGAAACUCCUUUCAUUCCAAGUUUCAUUGUGUUGAAGUGUUUGCGGCAGUUAAAAUUGUUCAGGAAAGUUGCAAGACCUUGGCAUGGGCUGCAAGUUAGAAAUCUAUUCACAGAAGGGCGCAGUGCAUUUGAAAAGAUGCAAACCAACUUACUUAGGACCACUGGUGUGAUUAUUGAGAAGAUCAAAGAUCAACCUUCAGUGAAAGCAUCUGGCUUGAAUGAAGGGGAUAUCAUCAAUAGAGUUAAUGGUCUGUAUUUUUCCGACGCAGCAGAGCUUGGAGGCAUACUGCUGGAUAUAGGUACUGCAUAUCUGUCAGACUAUCAAAACUUUAAGCAGUCUGAUGGCUCCGAUAUGAAGGCAAUGUGCAUUAAGUUUGGUGUGAGGGGUCAUGAAGGUGAAAAAACAGUUGUCGUUGAGAAGUUUGCAUCCAGUGGAGUAAAUAGAUGGCCUUUUCCAAAGCCAAUAAUUGUUCAGCAAUACAGCAAGGGGGAAAAGGUUCUUGAAGAAUGGUAUGCAAUGGAGUCCUGAAAUAUGGCAGCACCAGAGCUACCUCUCCGUGUUGAGCUUCUGUCGUGUUCAUUUUUUUUUUGAGCGCAAAGAAAUUGCUUGUAAUAAUUUGUUUAAUUCAGAUAGUGUGAACGAUCAACUAACGGGUUGUGGACAUGGGGAUGGGGUUUAGCAGACUUGGAUGUACCCUAGCCUUAGCCUAUCCUAACUUUGCUUGGGCUAAUGCACAAAGUGAUGAAAUACACUCGUGUGGAUGAUCAAAGCUCUACUAAUUCUUUUACUCUUCUA